ACUUCAGCCCUCUGAAAUACACAUCCUUACCCCGCCCCCUUCCCUCUUUUUUUCUGGUUUUCGUUCUGUUUAACCUUCGGGAUUCCCCAUGGUAACGCUGCACUGCUUCCGGCUGAUACCUGCCUUAACUAACUGAGGCUCUUACUUCCACACGAUAAUUGGGGUAAUUACCGCUGGCUAGACACAUGUCUCCACAAGGCUCUGUCUCUGCCGUCAAACUAUCCCAGGCAUAUACAUCUUCAACUCCUAGGAAUCAACAGACUCUAUGAUGCAUACUCCAAUACCCAACGGAGGCACAGUGACGGACAGCGUUGACCCUGGCCUUGGGUAUCCCGACGAGGCUAGUCCCAAGCGUCCCAACCAUGUUGAUCCUGAGCUUCCCAACGGGGCUGGCCCUAAACUUGCCAACGGCACUGCUCCCGGAGAUCACAAGGAUGCUUGACCACCGCCUCUCAAGACCAAGAGGUCCUGAUUCAUUGGUGCCAUCGAGCAACGCGUCGAUUUUACACAAUACCCAGUUCUCGCCCCCGGUCCGGGAAAUCCUCGCCUCAGUGGAUAAGUGCAUCACGGUAGCACUUGCGAAAUUCAUCGCGCAGGGAGUUCAGAAGAAUGAUAUCAAGGCCAUCGGCAUUGCUAACCAACGGGAGACCACCAUCGUGUGGGAUGCCACGCCAGGCGAACCUCUCUACCAGGCUAUCGUCUCGGAUGACACGCGCACCAGCCACGAAACCAACGCCUCCCGCACCCUGCUGAUGAACCUUCGCACCCUGGACUACGAGCCGGGUAUCCUCCAGCUCUUCCACAUCGACCCCGAGGACGACCUGCUUCCUGAAAUUGUCGCCUCCUCCGACCCACGGGCGGAUUCCGUCUUGCCAACUACGCGCUCGAGAGCACUGCUUCAGCCGUCACGUCUGCCGUGA